UUUGCACUUUACUCUUUCUCUUCCUUGGAUCUGCUGCUCUACAGCUCAGGCAAUCCCCGAUCCCACGCGCACCCCUACGCAGUCCCACCUACGCAACAAUUGCGAAAACCUAAUUUCACCCAUUUCUGUGCAAUUUGAAUAGAUCCCCAAAAUCCCAUUAACCCCAUGGAUCUGCCUCCUGAAGAACUGCAAUUCUUGACCAUCCAAGACGUCCUGAAAGAAUCAAUUUCGAUUCCUAAACACUCCCCCAAGACGUUUUACCUCAUAACCAUAACCUUAAUCUUCCCACUGUCGUUCGCCAUCUUGGCCCACUCCCUCUUCACCCACCCUAUCCUCUCCCAGCUUCAGUCCGAGCCAACUGGUUCUCAUGCCGCCUCAUCCGAGUGGUCCAUGCUCCUCACUUUCCAGUUCUGCUACCUCAUCUUCCUAUUCGCCUUCUCGCUCCUCUCCACCGCCGCCGUUGUCUUCACCGUUGCCUCCCUCUACACCUCCAAGCCAGUGUCCUUCUCCUGCACAAUUGCCGCCAUUCCCAGCGUCUUCAAGCGGCUCUUCAUCACCUUUUUGUGGGUUUCUCUCACAAUGGUCGCUUAUAAUAUCGUGUUCUUGGGAUUUCUUGUGCUUCUUAUUAUUGCAGUGGACACUCAGAACGUUGUCUUGUUUAUAUUCUCGGUGACGUUUGUGUUCUUGUUGUUUUUAGUUGUGCAUGUUUACAUAACUGCAUUGUGGCAUCUGGCUAGUGUGGUGUCUGUUCUUGAGCCUGUUUAUGGAUUUGCAGCUAUGAAGAAGAGCUAUGAGUUGUUGAAGGGGAAAAUUGGCAUGGGAUUUGUUCUGAUUUUUGGGUACUUGGCGAUUUGUGGAGUGGUUAAUGGACUUUUUGGGUCAAUUGUGGUGCACGGUGGAGAGGAUUACUUUGUGUUCUCAAGGAUCAUAUUCGGUGGGUUCCUCGUUGGGGUUUUGGUAAUUGUUAAUCUUGUGGGGCUAUUGGUACAGAGCGUGUUUUACUAUGUCUGCAAGAGCUAUCAUCAUCAGGGGAUUGAUAAGAGUGCGCUGUAUGAUCAUCUUGGUGGAUAUCUUGGGGAAUAUGUGCCUCUCAAGAGCAGCAUUCAGAUGGAAAAUAUGGAUGCCUGACUUAGUGGUGUGCUAGAGAGGGUAAUUUCUGUGAUUUUUCUUUAGCUUUUAUUUUACCGGAAAAUCAAUGUGUAGAUAAGAAAACAUUUGAAAUGGGCGUGUUUUUGGACAUUUACAGUAAUUGUUACAUUAAGAAUUGUGGUCCUUGUCUUAAUUUUCUUUCAACUUGCUUGAUUAUAUUAAUUAAGUAUGAUGGUGAAUUCUUUUC